UGAAAAGGACACUCGAUCACAUAUUCACGUGUCCUCAGUAGCUCCGAAUUUCAUUUAAUGCUUUUAACAGAACUGGGUGUUUGUCUUUCUUCCUUUAAAUGUCCGCACUUAAAACUAAUACUUAAUAUUUAUUACGCAAUUAAAUGCACUUUGGACAAAAAAAAAGUUUCAAACCGCGGAUCAAAGGUCGAAAUUCGUCAAACGCUUCCUGCCACCUCAUUUUGACGCACACAACGAACUGUCAUCAGAUUACACGACGCAUAACUUUUCUAACCAGAGCGAUUUUUUUGGUAAACACGUUUUUGUGAAACGACAACAUCAGGACAAAUCUUUUGUAGUGUCUUAGAACGUGUUAGCAGCGAAAUGGCAGAGGCUAUACUCGGAGAUCACGACCAGUACAGUUGCUCGAUAUGUUUGGAGUUGUUGAGGGAUCCUGUGACAAUUCCGUGCGGACACAGUUACUGCAUGAGCUGCAUCAGUGAGUGCUGGAAUACGAAUGAUCAGAACGCGAUCUAUAGAUGUCCGCAAUGCAGACAUGCUUUCGAUUCGAAGCCGCCGCUCAACAGAAGUACAAUACUUGCUGAAAUCAUGGAGAAACUGAGGAGCACAGAGCUGCAAGUGUCAGAGUCAAAUCUUGCUGGACCUGGAGAGGUUGCGUGUGAUUUCUGUGCUGGAGAAAUGAUCAAAGCUGUCAAGUCUUGUCUGGAGUGUCGAGCCUCUUAUUGUGAAACACAUGUACAACCCCACUAUAAUGUUCCUGCCCUGAGGAAACACAAGCUGGUCAAAGCUGCAGUCAUCCCAGUGUGCCCCAAACAUGACAAGCUCCUUGAGGUUUACUGUAGAACCGACCAGAAAUGUGUCUGCAUGCACUGCUUACUGGAUGACCACAAGGGCCAUGACACAGUGCCAUCUACAACAGAGCGCAAGGAGAAACAGAUAAAACUCACACACUCUCAGACAAAAGUCAAGCAGACAAUUCAGACAAAAGAAAAAGAGCUGCAGAAGAUGAAAAUGGACAUCACGUCCCAUUCGGAUGCUGCAAAGAAGGCAGUGGACAACAGUAAGAAAGUCUUCAGUGAAUUAGUCAAACUUAUUGAGAAAAAAAGCCUUGAGGUAAUUGAAGAAAUAAAAGCUCAAGAAAAGGCUGAUCUGGAUCAAGGCAAAAUGCUACAAAAGAAGCUGGAGGAGGAAAUUACUGGGCUGAAGAAGAGGGAAGGAGUUCUAGAGGAUCUUAUACAGACAGAUGACAACAUCCAAUUUCUUCAGAAUUAUGAGUCUGUAUCCUCUUCAUCUGGAUCUGAUGAGUUGCCCAGUUUCUCAUUUCAUCCAUACUGCUCUUUUGAGGAUGUAAGUAAACUUAUAUGCGAUCUUACUGGGAGACUGGAGACUACUUGCACGCAGGAAAUAAGCAAAACAGUUAAUAAAGUUUUAGAUUUGUCAGCAAAGAGGCCUUCAUCUGACAUUGUAGUUGGAGACAGAGUCCGCGUGAAGCAGUCUGUUGUUACUCCAACACACAAAUGGGGAUCGGUUACUCAUUCGAGCAUUGGUGUUGUUAAAAAAAUUCAGAAUGAUUUGUUGACUGUGGAUUUCCCUGAACAAAGAAACUGGACUGGAGUAAUUUCAGAAAUGGAGCGUGUGACCAGUGGUGGUUCAGUUGUUGCAGACUUGUCAACCAAAAAUGGUCUAAUGAACAUCAAGGUUGGAGACAGAGUCAGAGUGAAGCCAUCCAUUACGACCCCAAAACAUAACUGGGGUAGAAACGUCAGUCAUAAGAGUGUGGGCGUGGUAAAAGACAUUAAAGAUGAUGACAGUGUGGUUGUUGACUUCCCUGGACAUGCAAACUGGAAAGGAAUUCUCACUGAAAUGGAGCUAGUAACUAAGGAUGAAGAGACUGGACCUUCAAAUCUGGACUCCACUAUUAAGGUUGGAGACAAAGUUCGUGUGAAGCCAUCUGUUGUUACUCCAACACACAAAUGGGGAGCAGUCACUCACAAAAGCAUUGGUGUUGUUAAAAAAAUUCAGAGUGACUCUUUGACCGCAGAUUUCCCUGAGCAAAAAAACUGGACUGGUAUCAUUUCAGAAAUGGAGAUUGUGGCAGGCGCUGGUUCAGGUCCGGAGUCCGUUUUUAAGAUUGGAGACCAAGUUCGCGUGAAGCCGUCUGUUGUUACUCCAACACACAAAUGGGGAGCAGUCACUCACAAAAGCAUUGGUGUUGUUCAAAAAAUUCAUAGUUCUCUUGAGUCACUGAUUGUAGAUUUUCCUGAGCAUAAAAAAUGGACUGGCUUAAUUACAGAAAUGGAGCUUGUAACCGGGGCUGGUUUAGAUGACAUUAAGGUUGGAGACAGAGUCAGAGUGAAAUCUUCCGUAAUUACUCCAAAACAUAACUGGGGUGGACAUGUCACACACAAGAGUGUUGGUGUGGUAAAAGAUAUCAAAUCUGAGGAUGUGAUUGUGGAUUUCCCAAGUCACAAAGGCUGGAAAGGCAUUCUCUCUGAGAUGGAGUUGGUAAACAAUUCAGAUGCUGAUGUUUUAGGAUCCUCCUAGAUUGUGAGGAUGUGACUGUGGACGUUUCUCCUUACCUUUUGCUUUUGUGAAUGAGUUUUGAUCACUGACACUUGCCCAUGUCUUUAUUUGUAAGUUUGUUGUCAUGUGAACAUGAAAAAUGAGAUACACUUUUGGUUUCAGUCUUACGGUUUUCAUACUGGUUUUCUUCACAGCACAGCAGAGAUAUUUUAUUAGACAGAAGCUUGUGUAAAUGGUUCUUUUCAUUCAGGUGUUUCAAAUCCAUUUGCAAUAGCAAACCAUAUUUUGUCUUCAAUUUGACUCGUACAAUUGCAUCAGAAUUUAUUAGCUACAGCAUGGGUGCUGCAGUUACAAUAUUUCUACAUAUAUAGACACUGAAUUUUAUCAACUGAAAUCUGUUUCAGCUCUGGGAAUGAGUGCAUGUUCAAUCUCAGUUAUGAAUCUAAAAUGAUUAAUUUCAAUUUAAUAACAAUGUCCUGUCAAAAUGAGGCACAAAUGCAAAUGCUGCUAAACUAGUCUCUUUGUCUUUUAGAUUAAUUAAAUAAACUUCAGCCAUUGUGGCUAAAGCUUA